CGCCCAAAGCGGCCAUCACGUUUCAGCGAGGCAUGCUCGGGUGGCGUCUGGGCAGGGGAGCUGCUGCAGUCGUGCGCAUGGCGUCCUCUUCCUCCUCCCUCCCCUCCUUGCCGCGGCUAUCCAUCCCUGCUCACCGAGCACGCCACGAGGCAGCCAUGGCUGCUUCGCUCGGCGCCUCGCGGACUCUGCGUAACGGCGGCGGGAGGCAGAUGCAGGAUCUUGUGAUGCAAAGGUGGGCUGAGAUGGUGUUGUGUUGUGGCGCGGAUUGGGGAUGCGUGCCGCAGCUGUGGAACAGGGUGGUUCUGCGCAAGUGGCUUAACAUCGGCGCGGGGUCCGGGGACUCCGACUUCAGCGCCGACGAGCGCUCUGAAGGCGAGGCCGACCGCGAAGACAUGCCUGGUUGGAAGCUUGAACUAUGUAAUGAAGAAAGGAUAUUAGCUGGAUUGGGUGCAAGCACGACUGGUGCGAAUGAUGUACCUUACAGGCUUAGAAGGCACAGAUCAGAGAUCCUUCGUGCUCAGUAUGUUGAUGUUAGAGAACUCAGGAUCUGCGUGGGGACAUGGAAUGUUGGAGGAAGAUUUCCACCCAGUGACCUAGAUAUUGAAGAAUGGUUGGAUAUGGAGGAUCCAGCUGAUAUCUAUGUUAUUGGAUUUCAAGAGAUCGUUCCACUCAAUGCUGGGAACAUAUUUGGUGCUGAAGACAAUCGUCCAGUUUCUGUAUGGGAGCAAAUCAUCCGUGAAACUUUGAAUAAGAAUUUUUCAGAUCCUCCUUCAGCGUCAAGAUUCAAUCCAUCAGAUGCUGCUCUUUCCGUGGAAUAUGAAUCGCUUAUUGGGUCCGAUAAUGAUAGUGAUGGGGAACUUCAACCGUUGAUUGAGCAAGACCAUAAUUGUCGACUUCAAAAUAAAACAGAUGAGAAUUUUGAAGCUUUUCCGGAAGAGGGUUUAGAUAAGAGAAUAAAAAGGAAAAGGCCAGAAUUUGUACGGAUAAUAAGCAAGCAAAUGGUGGGAAUAUUUCUUUCGAUUUGGGUUCGGAGAAGCUUGCGGAAGCACAUUCAGAAUUUGAGAGUAUCAACUGUUGGUGUAGGCGCGAUGGGUUAUAUUGGUAACAAGGGAUCAAUAUCAGUCAGCAUGUCUAUACAUCAGACUCCUUUCUGCUUUGUUUGUUGCCACCUGGCUGCUGGUGAAAAAGAUGGAGAUGACCUAAAAAGGAAUUCAAAUGUCGAAGAAAUACUUCGAAGAACAGUGUUUAACCCAGUCCAUACUGUAAGCAUGCCUAUGAGAAUACAUGACCAUGAAAGGAUUAUAUGGUUCGGAGACCUCAACUAUCGGAUUGACUUAUCCUAUGAAAGGGCACACGAACUAAUCUCCAAACAGGACUGGGAUGGAUUGUUUGAGAGGGAUCAGAUGAAAAGAGAACUGAGGAAAGGAUGCACAUUUGACGGCUGGUUUGAAGGAGUUAUCAGAUUUCCUCCAACAUAUAAGUAUGAGUUUGACUCAGGAAGCUAUGUAAACGAUGAGAGUAAAUCUGGGAGAAGAACUCCUGCAUGGUGUGACCGCAUUCUUUCAUAUGGAAAGGGAAUCAGGCUACUUUCCUACAAGAGGGGGGAGCUUACACUUUCCGAUCACCGCCCUGUGACUGCAGUUUACUUGGUGGAGGUUGAAGUUUUCCGCCGCAGAAAGCUAAGGAGGGCUCUAACAUUCACUGAUGCGGAGGUUGAGCGCUACCUAUCAUCCGAGGACGACGGCUUUCGGAACCAAAAAGUUGUUGAAGCAUGGGAUAUGCAUGAACCAUGAGACAUGCAAUUUCUUAGCUCGAGUUCCAAGUAGAUGAUGUGGGCACGUGGCCAAAGCAAAUCCAGAACGUCAGAGAAGGUUCAGUUGCAUUACAUAUUCUACCACAAGCGGCUUAUUUAUGACUCCCCCACAUUCAUGGAUUAUAUUUGCUGCACGCAUGUUUUAUCAAGAAUAUCUCAAGCAUUAUGCUUCAUUACAGGAGUCAAGGCAGCGUCUCUUGAAAUUUUUGCCAAAUUUAUGCAUAAAUGCUUUCUCACUUUAUCGUUGGUUAGGAAAAGAUGGUUCAUUUUUCCUUCUAACAUGGAGCCAUAGCCUUCGUGUCAGUCUGAUGAUAUGUGGGCUGGAAACUCGUCAGAAGUUCAUACUUGUGUAUACCAUUUCUUGGGUGACUAUUGUCAUCACACAGCAAAUAAUUUAUUGGUUCGAAAAUUCACCUGAAA